AUGUUUCAGAAAAUAUGCGAAUUCGAGCAACAAAUAUUACAAUCAAUUGCCCAGGGUAGACACUUAGUGAAUGAGACAUUGAAUAACAAAAGUACAAAACCAGACCCUCUGACCACUCUAUGGUCAUCGACGGCACUGGUAUUGUCGCAAUACGUUGAAAAGCGCCGUAUGGUCUACACGAGGGACGGGUGGAGUGUAAUGAUGAAGAAAUUAACAAAUUUAGAGUUUAAGUUAGAAAUUGGUGACGAAAAGUAUAUGCCCGCAUAUUUUGGUCACCCCAUCAAUAAGUGCCAAAAUUGGGGUAAAUGUGGGGAUCGCGUGGAUAGGAGGCAAAAACUGUUCAAAAUUGAAUUGAAGGAAGUUAUGAAUAAAAUGGAUCACAAGUCUAAGGAAUACAAGAAUUUCUUCAUUAAUAAUAUAAACAGCGGACAAAACAGUGAAACUGAAAGCCUUAAGGAUAUUGAAUUGGGUUUCAUAAAAGACAUGUUUGUAGUGAUGAGUGUAUUCUUUGGGUUUAUUACCUUGCUUAAAUGCGAGACAUUAGUGAAGGUAUACAUCCGGCGCUGCAUUGAAGUCCAGCCCCACCUGAACGCCAUAAUAGGGACCAGUUAUGAGUCGGCC